AGGUAAGUGGUGUGAUAAGCAAAGACCUUCAUUGAGAUACGUGACUGUUAUCAACGUUAAGAAAAGUUGGAUUUUCAUAGGUUGGCCGUGAGCGAGAAGUUGAACUGUUCCGUCCUUUAAUCCAUGAGAAAGGAGAGAGGCUGUGUUCAGUAUCCUUGGGAAGAUGAGUGCUAGCACCAGCGCUACUUGGAAGAAAAAGCCCCGACAUGAAGUUAUGUAUAUAAGCAGUGAAAAGAACGAAAAGACCUUCAGUUUUGAUGACCUUCCACCUCUACCUGUACCCCCUCUACAUGACACUCUUGACAGAUACCUCAUGUGGGUACGACCACAUGUUAGUAGGGAAGAAUAUGAGAAGACACAAAAUAUAGUCAAGAAGUUUGCUGAUGGUGUUGGCAAAGAGCUUCAAGAGAAACUAGUGGCAGUUGCAGCAACGAAAAAGAAUUGGCUUGAGGACUGGUGGUUGCAUUAUGCCUACCUGACAGUGAGAGAACCAAUCCUGCCCACCAUGAACACAACUGGGCCCAUGCCUCUCAACCUAACCUUGUGGCAGCCAUCAUUCGAAGAGGUUUUUAGGUAUGCAUCAUUGUAUGUCUGGGCAAUACUUGAUUUCUUCAUACUUUUAAGAGAAGAACGCUUGAUGCCGCAGAGAGCUAAAGAUGGAACAAGAUUUAGUAUGGAACAGUUCCGAAGGCUUUUCAACUGUUCAAGAAUUCCUGGUCAAGGGGCAGAUAGUUUGUAUACCAGAUGGAAGACAAAGAGUGAAGGUGAAUGCCCAGAUCACGUGAUUGUUUUGUGUCAUGGACACAUCUGGACAUUGAAUCCUUGGGAUUCUGAAG